AAGAGGAUGAAACUAGUAUCAUCAAUGACUUAUAUACUGGCAGCCAGGAUGAGUCAUUGAAUAAAAGCAAUAAUGAUAUAUCAUCAAAUCAAGAUGAUUUAAAACCAUUGAAUAAAGACAAUACUAUUUGA